CGUGGCCAAUAAGGGCUCGAGGCCUUUCAUUCCCUUCACGGAGCGAUGCUGGGCAGAGAGGGAGCCAAGGGGGCUGCUGCUGCUGCUGCUGCUGUUGUUGGCGGGCCCGGCCUCGGCCCCGGCGGCGCGGAGCGGCAGGGGCUGAGGCUGGAUCUCUGAGAAUGGUGUAUACAUCCCAGUGGUUGGAGUGGAGAAGGCCCAUUGCCCAGCUGCCCUGCCUUCUGUGAAGGUGCAGCCAUGUCUGUGAUGAUAGCAAGGAAGAAAGUGACACGGAAAUGGGAGAAACUGCCCGGAAGGAACACAUUUUGUUGCGAUGGGCGCAUUAUGAUGGCCCGACAGAAAGGCAUUUUCUACUUGACCCUCUUCCUCAUUGUGGGGACUUGUGCCCUCUUCUUUGCUUUUGAGUGUCGCUACCUUGCUGUCCAUCUGUCCCCAGCAAUCCCCGUGUUUGCAGUCAUCCUCUUCCUGUUUGCAAUGGCUACGCUUUUGCGGACAAGUUUCAGUGAUCCAGGGGUGAUUCCACGAGCCCUGCCAGAUGAGGCAGCUUUUAUUGAGAUGGAAAUUGAGGCAACCAAUGGAACAGUGCCUCCUGGCCAACGGCCACCUCCACGCAUUAAGAACUUCCAGAUCAAUAAUCAGAUAGUGAAACUGAAGUACUGCUACACCUGCAAGAUCUUCCGUCCACCCCGUGCCUCACACUGCAGUAUCUGUGACAACUGUGUGGAGCGGUUUGAUCAUCAUUGCCCCUGGGUGGGGAACUGCGUGGGGAAGAGGAACUACCGUUACUUCUACCUCUUCAUCCUUUCCUUGUCUCUUCUCACCAUCUACAUUUUCUCCUUUAACAUUGUCUACGUUGCCCUGAAGUCCUUGAAGAUUGGCUUUUUGAGUACUCUAAAAGAAACCCCAGGGACAGCUCUGGAGGUUUUGAUCUGCUUUUUCACACUUUGGUCUGUGGUGGGGUUAACUGGCUUCCACACUUUCCUGGUAGCACUGAACCAGACAACUAAUGAAGAUAUCAAGGGUUCCUGGACUGGAAAAAACCGUGUGCAGAAUCCCUAUAGCCAUGGUAACAUUGCGAAGAACUGCUGUGAGGUUCUUUGUGGACCUCUGCCUCCCAGUGUGUUGGACAGACGAGGCAUCUUGCCACAGGACAGUGCUAUCCAAGACAGCAGUGCUAGGAUGGACUCCACAACACAAGGAGAUAGGAGUCCUGAAGCUGGUGCCCAGGAAGCCAGUGGUGCCUCAGAGAGUGGGAGUCCCCUCCCAGAGGAGAGUUUGCUCUCUGUGCCAACAUGCAACGUGCCACAGGAAUUGGCACAGCCACCUGCUGCAACUGAACCAUGUGUUCCAUCCUUGGAUAAUGAGCAGACAACACAUUAGCCUCUGAAAUGGACACAGUCUCUCCCUUUGUAUGGCUUUCUUAUUGUGAAGUUGCAGAGUGGACAAGAUGGGAACAGCUGGCUGGACAAUAGCUUUGUGGUUCCCUUUGACUGUUUGUUUAACAGUGGUUGUGGCCAGUGUCUACAAAGUGAGGGAUGCCAGAACUCUCUUUCUUAAGGACGCUGAGCACCUAUUGGACUAUUGAAGGGACUCUCUUUUUGAGAAGCAGUUGCUGCUGGCUGAGUCGGGCCCUUUUCACCUGUCUUUCACCUCUUAAUGUUAUUAAGUGAGUGCCUCUUCAGUUGUGACUCAGACAUCACCGAAUCAUGGAAUCUGCUGGGAAGAAGAUGGAGCUGAGGUUCUGUGCUAUCUUUCUACCUUUGACUGAAGUAUUAAGUUUGGCUGAACUUGGCUGCCAGUGGAGCCAAGUUUCUAAAUGGAGCUACAGCCAACCAUAUAUUUGUGAAACAGUGCCAUGUAUCUUGGAACCCCAAGUGAUCCUAAAUCAUAAAAUGAGCAGCCAGGAGAGGUCCAGAUCCUAUAUGACUCCAGGUCUAGGUAUUGGAACUGUGUGGUGAGGUAUCACUUUCCUCCCACUCCCUGGCCCCAGUUAGUAAGCCUUUCUGAGCAUUUCUCAGUUGUUGCUUCCUGCCUCUCUCCAUCCUGUUGCAGCCUUAGUUUCUUGAAUUGGGUAUGGCAAAGGCUGGCCCUCUUUCUUGACUAGCACUUUAGGCAGGAACUCUGAAGUGGAUCAUAAGUGGCAAGGUUACAAGGUAGCAGAAUGGCGGGAUGCACAUGGCUAGGAAGCAGUUCCCUACACAUGUAUAGGAGGUUGGCCAUGAUUCUAUGACUUCUUUGCAGCCCUUCAGUACUGCUGUGCCAUGACCUUAGUUGAUCCAGUUGAGAGCUGUAUUUUGGUAGUCUCUGACUAAAUGGUAUCUGGUUUGUCUGUCCAUCUUGUGUUUUCCAAUCCCCUCCCACUGUGGAAGCAGAGGGGAUGCGUCAAAAAUAGGACUGACAGGAAAGAAAGCUGGCCUUCUGAGCCAUUUCAGGCAAAUUCAUUCAUAGGCCAGUGGCAUGCGAGCAGAUAUCUGUGCAAUAUUAUUUCAUUCUAAAUGUGCCAGUCCAGCUGAAGAUGGGAAGUAUAUUUUUCAUGCUCCCUUGUAAAAACAAUAACACCCCCUUGCAUAUGCAAAACAGAUGUGUGUGGGAGAAUACUAGCUGAAAUAAUUUCCCCUGAAAUGUGGUCUUCAGGCAGGGAACCUGGAAGGGGGGGAGGGCAGUUUUAAAAAGUACUGUAAAAAGUAAUUAAACAACUGAUAUCUUCCAAAUGCAAAGGGCAGAGGGGAGAGGAGCAGAGAAUUGCUGAUGUUUCUGUAGUUGUCUCCAAGGUUUAACCUUUUUUCUACACUCAGGUAUGGAGAUAAUUAGUGAGAGGUAGUAGGAUUUUUACUUCCCAUCACAUCGAUGAGAUCUACUAAGUCUUGGUUUUUUGCUUUUUUUUGCUUUGCAUAGUCAACUCUUUCUGGGUUAGUAGGACUCUAGGACAUUCUGGCAAGGCUCUUACUGGAUAGCAAAAUGCUUUGACUGAGCUUGUGAUGUCUCUUUCUGUAAGGGGGUAGUAUCAGAGGGUUUCCACUUUGUUUGUUUGACAGGGGAAUGACUCCUUUAAUUUGGUCUGUGUGGCUUCCUUCUUUCCUUUUGCUGCACACAGUGAGAGGCAGGAAGUGGCAGGUGCCACUUCCAGUACCCCUUGCCAGUAGUGCCCUCCUGCCUGAAGCAAGGUCAGAGACUACUACCACCAACAACCAAAUCUCAAUAGUAUUGCAGCCAUCAUGUUUGGGAUAUAUUUUGUAAUGUACUGUGUCAAAUUGUUCUGAGGGGCAGGACGAUCCUGAGGUUUCAGUGUGAUCCUCUGAUCUCAGCAAUGAAGGCAUUGAAAUUUGUUUGGAGAGUAUUUGUGUGUUUGUGUGUGUGUUGCCUUGGUGCCAGCGUGCCACUGCUGCUUGGUGUUGACUUUGUACCACGGUUCGACUCGGCUCUCCUUCCUCCAGGUAUGAUUCAGUAUUUACUUUUAACUGCCUCUCUUGUAAUAAAAGGCAGCCUGCUUAUGUAAAGUGUAGAUUUUCCAGAAUACUUCCCUUUUGAGCCAAACAGAAAUUACCUGUGGGGCAUUGACUGUUCCCAUUUGACAAAACAGGAGAUUAGGUGCUGUGGACAUUUUUGACUUUUACGUAAAGGCACUUGACACAACCAUUUGUGUUUGGAGAAUUCUUUAGUCAGUGUUCUUUAAAACCCGGCUUUUUAGGUGGCUCUGGAAGUAGAAGGGGGAGGUUUCCAGUGGUGCUACUUGAAUAAGUGAUGAACCACUCCAAAUGAGUUAGUUGUAAAGAAGUGUUUGACCUCGCACCGUAAAGUAAGUGUCUGCUGCUUUGUCAAUUUUUUCAGGACAGGGACAUGGCUAAUCCUGUUGUGAGGGAGGAGAAAAAACUUCCUGGACACCUUACCCGCACAGCUGAAGACCACAUGUUUUUGAUCUGGAAACUUCCUAAAUGCCUGGCUCAAAGAGCUUGUGACUUACAAAAUUGCCUUUGGAAUGGCAGGAAAGCUUGAGCUGCCCCAUGGAUGGUGGUAGAAGUUUUUCUCCAAAAAAAGGCCAGAUCUGUGGUGAUAAAUGUGGUUUAUUGAGAGAUCGCUAUCGGAGACUAUGUGCCCAGUUUCUUCAUCCAUUUUGCCAAACAAUACAUAACAUCCUUAGCCAGCAAACAUCUAUGAUGUAGACCUCCUGAUCCCCUUGGUACUUGCAACUCAGCCAGCUCAGGAAUUGCACCUACCUGUUGGUGACAAAGAUGUUGUCCUAGCACUUCACAUGACUAGCCAUUCUUAACAAAGUAACUUAAAAUACAUCUAAAGAGGAGCAUGAGAUGCAAAGUCUCCACCAUCUUUUCCUCACAAAAGCUGGCCAUUUCUGUUUUUGCUAGUGAGGUGGGUACUAUUUUUUCCAUUAUUUUCCCUCACCAUAGUGUGAUGGAAGAAAAAGGGGUAUGGUAGCAGUAAUGGCAUUCUUGGGAUAGUUCACCUGUGUCUGCUGCUUUUUUUCCCACAGGACUGAAAGCAGGGUUUUCCCCCCAUACUUUAACUAGAAUUCUUUUGACUCAGGAGGAGUUGGGCCUACUGGGACAAAUGCACUUUCAGAAGGCCUGAAUAAAUGCAACAAAACACAACCUUUCCUGAAGACUAGAAAACUUGUUUCUCUAGCCCUUCCCCCCAGGAAUAGUAAGACUGGAGCAGUGCUCUUACUUGGUCCAAAGUGGGGGGUAAUAUCGUGCAGCCAUACCUUCUGGCUCAGAGGCAGGUGUGCCUGUGACAACAGCUUGCAUUUACCAACAAGUGGCCAGGAUCCAGAGAGAAGAAGCUUAUCUCAGCAGGAGUCAGCCAGAGAAAGAGUGUGUAGCCUUUCCUCCAAUUUAGAGUCUUCCCGCCCACUGUCCAAUGUCUCUGUUCCUUCAAAACAGCCAGAAUCCCGUGGAAUGUCACCUUUUGAUUCUUCAGGGGCCUGUUGAGCCUCCAUGCAUCCUCCAUCAUCUUCAGCCUCACUGCUUGCUGGAGAGAGAAAAACUAGCAGUUACAGGAAAGUCUUGAGUGCUGCAGGCCGUACACCAGGAGGGCUGGGGCAAUGUCAUGGAAUGGAGCAUUGCACACCAUGCUACAACAUGAAAAAUUAGCUGUAUCUGCUUUGACCAAGGGGCAGGAUGUCUGCUGGCAACCUAGCAGAGGCUGCACUUUUUCAGGAUUUACCACCUUGGAGCAUGAAAAAUGGGAAGCUAGCAGGGUGGACCUGAUUAGUAUUUGGGAGAGGGACUGCUAAGGAAUACCAGAUGCAGUAUCGGAUGCUUUCACAAGAAGGUAAUGGCAAUCACCUCUUGAGUAUUCCUCACCUAAGGAAACCCUGUGGAAAUUCAUGAGGUCACCUUGAGGACCAGUUGACAAGUGACUUGAUAUGGUACACAUGUGCGCCCAUGCAUAUCUUUUAGCUUAAAUCAGACUGCAUGUCUAGCCCAGCAUUUGUCAAUCGAACUUGCAGGAACCCCAGCAGUUUUUCAUUGUCUGUUCCUUUUUUAAGUCUCCUCCACAUAAGGCGAAUGUGUUGGGAAGUUGCAGUAUUUGUUGCUGUAGGUCUUGUUUUUUUUUUUU